AUGUCUCACCAGAAAAAGCAGCCCACUCCCUGUCCUCCCGUGGGUUGUGGAAAGACCUCCGGUGGAGGAGGCGGUGGCGGCGGCGGCGGUGGCGGCGGCGGAGGCUGUGGCUACUAUAGCGGUGGUAGCGGUGGCGGCUCCAGCUGUGGAGGUGGCUCAUCUGGAGGAGGCUCCAGCUGCGGAGGCGGAGGCGGCGGCUCCUACGGAGGCGGUUCCAGCUGUGGCGGAGGAGGCGGCUCCGGUGGGGGCGUCAAGUACUCCGGAGGCGGUGGCUCCAGCUGCGGCGGCGGCGGCUACUCCGGGGGCGGCGGUGGCUCCAGCUGCGGCGGCGGCGGCGGCUACUCCGGGGGCGGCGGUGGCUCCAGCUGCGGCGGCGGCGGCGGCUACUCCGGAGGCGGCUCCAGCUGCGGAGGCGGUGGCGGCUCCGGUGGGGGAGUUAAGUACUCCGGUGGCGGAGGCGGCGGCGGCUCCAGCUGCGGCGGCGGCGGCUACUCAGGCGGGGGCGGCGGCUCCAGCUGCGGCGGCGGAUCAGGAGGCGGCGGCGGCUCCUACUGCGGAGGCUCCUCCGGAGGCGGCGGCUCUGGUGGCUGCGGUGGCGGUUCCGGAGGGAGCAAGUACUCUGGCGGCGGCGGCGGCGGCUCCAGCUGUGGCGGCGGCGGCUACUCCGGCGGCGGCGGCUCCAGCUGCGGCGGCGGCGGCUACUCCGGCGGCGGCGGCUCCAGCUGCGGCGGCGGCGGCGGCUACUCUGGCGGCGGCGGCAGCAGCUGCGGAGGUGGUUCCUCCGGUGGCGGCGGCGGUGGGUCGCAACAGUAUCAGUGCCAGAGCUACGGAGGCGGCUCCUCCGGGGGCUCCAGCUGCGGAGGCGGCUCCUCCGGGGGCGGCGGCUCCAGCUGCGGUGGAGGCUACUCCGGGGGCGGCGGCUCCAGCUGCGGAGGAGGCGGCGGCUAUUCCGGUGGUGGCGGCGGCAGCAGCUGCGGAGGCGGCUCCUCCGGUGGCGGCGGCGGCGGCUACUACUCGUCGCAGCAGGCCACCCAGAGCUCCUGUGCCCCCCAGCAGAGCUACGGAGGGGGCUCUUCAGGCGGAGGUGGUAGCUGCGGAGGUGGCUCCUCUGGUGGCGGCGGCGGCGGCUGCGGCGGAGGCUACUCCGGUGGCGGCGGCGGCGGCGGCGGCUGUGGUGGCGGCUCCUCCGGGGGUGGCAGCGGUGGUUGCGGAGGCGGCCACUCCGGCGGCGGCGGCGGCUCUAGUUGCGGCGGCGGCUCCUCUGGGGGCGGCUCUGGAGGUGGCAAGGGCGUCCCGGUCUGCCACCAGACCCAGCAGAAGCAGGCGCCUACCUGGCCCUGCAAGUAA